UCCUAUGUUUUUUUUUGUGUGUUAAAGCCUAAAUGGAGAAAGUAGGAAACCAUUCAUUACUUAGCAUAUUUGAUCUAUCUCUUUACUUAACAUUCAACAGUCAACAGUCAACACUCAACAGUGACUCAAUUAAUUACAAGAGGUUAAAAUCAGAAGACCUAGGGGGCUUUUCAACAAUAUUUACUUACGCAAAUACAUGUAGUAACAUGUCCAUAAAUAUACACAACCUACACUCCAAGUUCCAGAUCAAACCAUAAGUUACUCAUUUCUUUGCUUGGCUAAAACGUUGUCUCUUGGAACACAUUGUUGUAUGCAGAAAUAGGCAAAAGAAAAAAAAAAGGAAAAUGGAAGAAGACAAUAUGGAAUGCUGGACCAGCCCCUUCAUCAAUGGCCAAUCUUCUUCCAACUUCAUCUAUCCUUUCCAUAGCUUUAACAAUGUUUCAGGUACAAUUUUGGAGACACAAGGAGGUCGACCUCUUCAUGAACAUUACUAUGCAGCCCCUCCAGCAAUGGUGGAGAGCAGUUAUGGAGAAGCAAGCAACACCAACAAUGGAUAUGAAACGAAGAAGAAGAAGAUGACUAACGAGCAGCUGAAGUUACUAGAGAUAAGUUUCCAAGAGGAGAUGAAGCUAGACCCGGAGAGGAAGAUGAAGCUGUCCAAAGAACUCGGGCUGCAACCUAGACAGAUAGCGGUUUGGUUCCAGAACAGGAAAGCCAGGUGGAAGAACAAACAACUCGAGCAUCUCUACGAAUCAUUAAGGCAAGAGUUUGAUGUUAUCUGUCAAGAAAAGAAGUUGCUACAAGAAGAGCUUAUACAACUGAAGGCAAUGAUAAGAGAGAAUGGUGCAAGCAACAACAAGCAGCAAACGUGGGAAAAUGCUUUAUCAGCUCAGUUCCAACUCAACUAGAUCUCAAUAGAAUCCAUAAUUGUUGCUUUGGUACGAUGUCAGAUCCUGUUUUAAUUAAAGUUGCUUUCAAGAAAAUAGUGUUUUAUGUUCGUUCACACGCAAGACAUUGCUAUUGAAGAACAUUAAAGCAAUAGACAAGCCAUGGACUGAUCAGCAAUGUCUUCCACAUAGUUAAGAUUCAAAUAAAAUGGGAUAAGUAAACAAACAAAAAAAUUCAUAAUCUGCAUAAAAAACUUUUUUGAGUACAAUAUAUCAGAUAGGGGUGCAAGACUAUAAUAAAAACUUGUAACAAAACAAAAGUCAGAAACAAUUAAAAAAAAGAUAAGAGCAGAGAGAUGAAUGAGGGCUAAUCUAUUCAACGUC